AUGUUUCUGAAAGCUCUGAAAAUCCUUGUGAUCCCGUGAUAGCUGAUGUUUCUAAUAUCUUCCCCAGCGUCGCCGUAAAAAGUUACUGUCACGUGAUAGUAUCCGCAAGUGAAUUAAAUAUCUUACUUGCGGGAUAA